GCGCGCUCGGUCACCGGGCCGCCCCCGGUUGCCGCUAUAAAUAGCAGCGCCCCGGUCGCUCCCAGCCCCCAGUCGCCUCGUCAACAGGGACCUCUGUUCUCCCCCCUCACACAUACCCCGCUGUGCCCUCCCCGUCUGUCUGUCUGCCCGCCCGACCGCGCCCUCCCUCUCCUCCUCUCUCUGUCUGUUGCGCCUGCCUGUGUGUGCCCGCGUGUGCGUGUGCAUGGCCGCCUCCCGGUGUGUUGUGUCCCUCCCUCUCCUUGUCCCCGCGUUUGUAGGGAGUGAGCGCGCACCCAUUGUAGCCAUGUCUGCCCCACCCUCGACACAGCAGCAGCAGCAGCAGCAGCAGCAGCAGCAGCAGAAGCGGCCGAAGCAGCAGCAGCAGCAGCAACAGCAAGCACAUCGACCGACCCCCCCCGCCACCGGCGGCGGGGUGGGGCAGAAGCCGGCCGGCCGGCGCCGUGGUGGCGCCCCGGCUGCACCCCCUGUCCGGAUGAAGCUGGCGGUGGCCGCCUCGCCGGCUAGCCUGUCGGCCAGCCUGGCGGCGGCGUCCUCCCCGGCGCCCCCCCUCCCGCGCGGUCUGGAGCAGCGCCUCGUGACCGUGUUGGAUUCGCACUUUGCGCACCUGGGCCAGGCGCGUCUCCAGCGCCAGGCCACCCGGUAUCAGUCAGUGCGCGCGGCCCAGCGCGCCAAGCGUGCUGGCCUCCCCCCCGCCGAGAAGCCUGCGGUCCCGGCGACGCGGGCCCCGCUUCCCGAUGCGCCCGGAUUGAUCGUCGGCACGAACCAGGUCCUCCGGGCGCUGGAGCGCCGUGCGGAUCGCCCCGGCUCGGCCGUGGUCUUCGUGGCGCUGGACGCCAUGCUUCAGACCCUGGCCACCGUGGUGUCGGCGGCCGCUCGGCGCCUCGGUUUCCCGGUGGCCUGCCUCAGCGCCUCGGCCGGCGAUCUGUCUCGCAUCUUCGGCCUGCCUCGGGUGACGACGUUCGCCGUGCUGGACGAUGAUGCGGCCUUGUUGUCCGGUCUGACGGGCAUCCUGUGCCCGGUGGCCGCCGACGGCACCGCCAUCCCUCUCCAGGUAGUGGCCCCCGUCGAUGCCGACGCCGCCGCCGCCUCUUCCUCCUCCUCCCUGGCGCCGACGCCGGCGCGGCUCCAGCCUCCCCCCUUCCGGCAAGUCCCGCUGGUCCCCACCGAGCAGCGCGUUCCGCCGAGGGUGAGUCAUGUCCUGCCGACGAAACCGCGCAAGCACCAGCCAUCCCGGGCCCCAGGGGAGGGGAUGGCGGCGGUCGCCGUCAGCAAGGGGAAUCGUGUUGCCCGCGAUGGCGGCGGCCAAGGGCCGCCACCGCCAGCCAAACGUCCGCGCUCUUCCUCUUAGCUUCACAAUAUACAACGCACAACCCGACACAUGUGCAUAUAUAAAAAUGCCCCCUCCCCCC